AUGCGUUCAGGCUUUGCUGUUUCAUUCAAUCAACCAAAUUUAUCUACCGUAGCAACUUGGAAUCGUAAUGGAAUAAUAUUUGCUAACGAAUCGAUUCUUGGUGUGAUGCGCAGUGAUAUUGUUAUUGAUACAAAAAAUUUAGUUUAUAUCCUUAGUGAAGAGAAGAAACGAAUUUUCGUAUGGCAUAACAAUAGUAUCAAUCCAACGCAAAACAUUUCAGCCAAUUUCGGAGAUCUUAAAUCUAUAUUCGUAACAACGAAUGGUGAUAUUUAUGUUAGUGCACAUUUGACCCAAGGUUCUACAUUUAUAAUGAGAUGGAUCUCUGAAACAAAUGCUUUUACUCUGGCCUGCAAGUUUUCAUACCAAUGUGACGACAUCUUUAUCGAUAUCGAUGAUAAUAUAUAUUGUUCAAUGAGCAGUGGCAAUGUAGUAUUUAAAAGAAACUUGAAAAGUCCAAAAAAUCAGAUAGUUGUUGCUGGAAUGAAUGGACCUGGAUCUGAUUCAAAUCAGCUUAUUUAUCCUUGCGGAAUCUUUGUUGAUGUUAACUUUGAUUUAUUUGUAGCAGAUAGUGGCAAUAAUCGGAUUCAACUCUUUCUAUUUGGAGAAACAAAUGCCAUCACUGUUGCUGGUCGUCAAUCAACACGUCCAACUAUUGAACUCUAUAUGCCUACUGGAAUUACAUUGGAUGCUAAGAAAUAUUUAUUUAUUGUAGAAGAAUAUUAUAAUCGAAUUGUUGGAGAAGGACCAUGUGGUUUUCGAUGUUUAAUUGGAUGUUAUGAAGGAGAUACUGAAUCUCGUCAAAGACUUUAUCCAUAUUCGAUGAGUUUUGAUAGUCUUGGAAAUAUAUUUCAUACUGAUAGCCGAAAUAAUCGAAUUAUUAAAUAUCAACUAACGGAGAUCUCUUCUGGUGAGUAG